UUCUUUAACAUUUUAUUUUCAUGGAAUAUUAAUAAGUUGCACCAGAGCAAAUCAGAUUAAUUUCCCUGGGUUCUGCAUGUGAAACAACUUUUCACAAUGGAGCAAUCUGGGCUCUGACUCUGAAGUUGUUUUCAGACUACAAAGCAUUACACACAAAGUGAAAGUAGAGUUCAAUUCUUUCUUUCUGUAGAUCAGGAAGUAUACCAUAGUCAUUGUUUUCAGAGGUCUGAUGUGCAAUGCCAAUGAGAGGGAAAAAGAUAGUCAUCUGAAGAAGAAGAAGAAGAAGAGGGGGGAUGGGGGGUGGGGGGAAGGAAAAGAAAACAAGAAUUUUCGCCUUGGGUUAAUCCUCUGACUCUGAGGUAGCCAGCCAUAAAUGGAUGUGAACCAACGGUUUUAGCCCGAGGAUUCCAAUUUUGAUCACAGUAGUUCCUCGGCUCAGUUUAUUAAUUAUUGGUGGGGGUUGGAGGGUGUAGACAGUGAAUCUUAAUUACAUUUAUUGACGAGUGAGGAAGUCGGUGGAGCAUUUAAUUUCAAUGACGGGAAAAUGAGAUCACAUUCACAAGAGAUGGAUUGAAGACAGGGUGACAUACUACUAAUCAACUGCCAGAUGGCCAAACAGGAUUGGAUGCUGCUCGAGGAUAGGCUCCCAACUCCGGAGUCAGUGGGUCACCCAUGCCAUCUUUAAUUGAUUGGUGGCUAACUGGCUAUAUAUAUAUAUGCAUGAUAAAAACUUAUUCUUAGUAGUUAAUGGCCCAUGCAGGUCUCGAACCUGCGACCUUCGCGUUAUUAGCACGACGCUCUAACCAACUGAGCUAAUAGGCCAAUUGCGAUGGAAAUUGGAGACGUUUCUAUUACUAAAAGGGAUCUUUUGCAUGUUUAUAAUUGAUCGAAUUCCACCCGAAAUCGCUAAGUACGAAUUGGUUUAUUUCAACUUGAAAACCUUCUGAUCUAUCAUUAUCAAGAAAAAACCUUGACAACCUUCUUGUGAUCUUGAACUGAAUUCCUGAUGACUAGAAUGAGGAAAAAGCAUCAAUGUUGCCUACUCAUAGGAAAAAAACAGAAGUCGUUUGCUUUUUUCUUUGCUUCACAGUCUCUCCGUCAAACGAAACCCGACGAACAAAAUGCUGGGUCACCGGGAGAUCGUCAAUGGAAAUGCGGGUCCCUAUGUCUGGCGCACUUAUCAGGAGGUAUACGAUGAAGCCAUCCGAAUUGGGUCUGCCAUCAGAAGCCGCGGUGUUAACCCUAGAGGUCGUUGUGGCAUAUAUGGAGUUAACUGCCCUCAAUGGAUAAUAGCAAUGAAGGCUUGUAACAGCCAUGGGAUAUAUUACGUACCUCUGUAUGACACCCUCGGUCCUAAUGCUAUGGAGUUUAUCAUCAACCAUGCUGAAGUCUCAAUAGCCUUUGUUCAAGAAAGCAAGAUAGAAGCUAUGCUAACUUGCCUUCCAAGGUGUACUUCACAUUUAAAAACAAUUGUUAGCUUUGGGAAGGUUACUGAUGCUCAAAAGCAAGAAACUGAACAAUUUGGCGUAUCUUUCUUCUCUUGGGAAGAAUUUGUUUUAUUGGGAAGUAUGGAUUAUAAACUUCCUCCAAAAGACAAGAAUGACAUCUGCACAAUAAUGUACACAAGUGGGACAACUGGAGAGCCAAAAGGUGUUAUGUUGUCUAACAAGGCUAUAAUGGCAGAGGUCUUGUCUAUGGAUCAAUUAUUUCAAGAAACGGAUAAAGUGGUGACACAAGAAGAUGCAUACUUUUCAUUCCUUCCAUUGGCUCAUGUAUUUGACCAGAUUAUGGAGACCUAUUGUAUCUACAGCGGUGCAUCCAUAGGAUUUUGGCGAGGGGAUGUAAUGCAUCUUCUUGAAGAUGUGCACGAACUGAAGCCAACAAUAUUUUGUGGGGUUCCUCGAGUUUUUGACCGUAUAUACACAGGUAUGAUGGAUAAAAUUUCCUCGGGAGGAGUACUGAAGAAAACUCUAUUUCAACUUGCUUACAACUACAAGUUGAAGAAUUUGAAGAGUGGACUGAAGCAAGACAGUGCGGCCCCUCUUUUUGACACACUAAUAUUUGACAAAUCCAAACAAGCACUAGGGGGGCGAGUUCGUAUUAUAAUAUCUGGUGCUGCACCACUGCCCAGCCAUGUGGAGGAAUUUCUGAGAGUUACAAGCUGCAGUGUUUUAGUACAAGGAUAUGGCCUUACAGAAAGUUGUGCAGGAUGUUUUACAUCCAUAGCCAACGAGUUCUCUAUGAUGGGAACUGUGGGUGUCCCUCUUACAACCAUUGAGGCAAGACUUGAGUCAGUUCCUGAAAUGGGAUAUGAUGCACUUUCCUCUGUGCCACGUGGAGAAAUUUGCUUGAGGGGUAUAACCCUGUUUUCUGGUUACCAUAAGCGACAGGACCUUACAGAUGAUGUCAUUGUGGAUGGAUGGUUUCAUACAGGUGAUAUUGGAGAAUGGCAACCAAAUGGGACAAUGAAAAUCAUCGAUAGGAAGAAGAAUAUUUUUAAGUUGUCUCAAGGGGAAUAUAUUUCUGCAGAAAACAUAGAAAGCAUAUAUGGAAGAUGCCCUCUCAUCACAUCGAUCUGGGUUUACGGGAACAGUUUUGAGUCCUUUCUUGUGGCUGUGGCAGUUCCUAACAGGAAGGCACUUGAGGAUUGGGCAACCCUCCAUCAACAGACUGGAGAUUUCAAAGCAUUGUGCAAAAGCCCAAUGGCAAGGAAGUAUAUUCUAGAUGAACUCAACAGUACUGGACAGAAAUACCAACUUAGAGGUUUUGAGAUGCUAAAAGCAAUUCACUUGGAUCCAAAUCCUUUCAAUAUUGAGAGGGAUUUGAUAACACCAACGUUCAAGCUGAAGAGGCCACAGUUACUCAAGUACUACAAGGAAUACAUUGGCCAAUUGUAUAAUGAAGCAAAGGGAACGAAAGUGUAAGAGCAGUAUUUGCGGCCUAUAGAUGGGCUCAUGGGCAUAUAUAGAGGGCGCUUUUGAAGCAUCCAUUGAAAAAAAAAAAAAAAUCUUCUAUUUAAAGCCUUUGUCCUGGUGUCUGAUAAAUGCAUGACAGUUUGGAGUGAAUAUGUAUUAUCCAGAGGAGCCCAGUACACUUGGCCCUGUUUAUAGUGAUGCAGAAAUAAAAUUAUUCUCUUAUUUUUAUUCCUGAAUAGUAUCUCUUCUUGGAGUGGGAAUAAUGCCAAAAGUCUAUACAUUGGA